AUGUUCAUCUACAGACCCAGCGACCACAGCGCCUGGUGCCUGCUGCUCUCCCUUCUGCUCCUCCCAGUCUGGGAGGCUGGGAGCGGCCAGGUCCGCUACUCGGUCCCCGAGGAGGCCAAACACGGCACCUUCGUGGGCCGCAUCGCCCAGGACCUGGGGCUGGAGCUGGCCGAGCUGGUGCCCCGCCUGUUCCGCCUGGCGUCCAAGGGCCGCGGGGACCUUCUGGAGGUAAACCUGCAGAAUGGCAUUCUGUUUGUGAAUUCUCGGAUCGACCGCGAGGAGCUGUGCGGGCGGAGCGCGGAGUGCAGCCUGCACCUGGAGGUGAUCGUGGACAGGCCGCUGCAGGUGUUCCACGUGGAGGUGGAGGUGAGGGACAUUAACGACAACGCGCCGGUCUUCUCCGUCUCAGAGCAAAAGCUCUCCAUACCAGAAUCUCGACUGCUUGAUUCUAGAUUUCCACUAGAGGGCGCUGCUGACGCGGAUGUCGGCGAGAACGCAAUGCUUGCUUACAGACUUAGUCCAAAUGAGUUUUUCAUUCUUGAUACUAUAAACAAAAAAGACAAAGGCAAAUUUCCAGUGCUUGUUCUACGCAAACUGCUGGAUCGUGAAGAAAAUCCUCAAUUUCAGUUGUUAUUAACAGCAACUGAUGGAGGCAAACCCGAACUUACCGGAUCCGUUACUCUGCUGGUUGUGGUGUUGGAUGCCAACGACAAUGCGCCUGUAUUUGACCGAUCCGUUUAUGAAGUCAAGGUACGUGAAAACUCAGCGAACCAAACGUUAGUAAUAUGGCUAAACGCUUCUGAUGCGGAUGAAGGAACAAACAAGGAAAUGAUAUAUUCAUUUAGUUCUUUAGUUGCACCCAGCGUAAGGAGGAAAUUCCUGAUGGAUAACACGACAGGAGAAAUAACAGUAAAUGACCUUAUUGACUUUGAGGAUAGUAACACCUACGAAAUUCGUGUAGAUGUUACAGAUAAAGGAAGCCCACCUAUGGUCGGUCACUGCACCGUCUUAGUGGAAAUCCUUGAUGAAAAUGAUAAUUCACCGCAGGUGUUUGUCACUUCUUUGGCUCUCCCAGUGCCCGAGGAUGCUCAGGUGGGCACCGUCAUCGCCCUGAUCAGCGUGUCCGACCGCGACUCUGGCGCCAACGGGCAGGUGACCUGCUCGCUAUCACCCCAUGUCCCCUUCAGGCUGGUGUCCACCUUCAAGAACUACUAUUCGCUGGUGCUGGACAGCGCCCUGGACCGCGAGAGCGUGCCGAGCUACGGGGUGGUGGUGACCGCGCGCGACGGGGGCUCGCCUCCGCUGUCGGCCACGGCCAGCGUGUGGGUGGAGGUGGCCGACGUGAACGACAACGCGCCCGCGUUCGCGCAGCCCGAGCACACGGUGUUCGUGAGGGAGAACAACGCGCCCGGCCGCCACAUCUGCACGCUGUCGGCGCGCGACCCCGACGCGCAGGAGAACGCGCGGGUGUCCUACUCGCUGGUGGAGCGGCGGGUGGGCGAGCGCGCGCUGUCGAGCUACGUGUCGGUGCACGCGGAGAGCGGCCGGGUGUUCGCGCUGCAGCCGCUGGACCACGAGGAGCUGGAGCUGCUGCAGUUCCAGGUGAGCGCGCGCGACGCGGGCGUGCCGCCUCUGGGCAGCAACGUGACGCUGCAGGUGUUCGUGCUGGACGAGAACGACAACGCGCCCGCGCUGCUGCCGGGCGGCGCGGGCGAGCUGGUGCCGCGCUCGCUGGGCGCGGGCCACGUGGUGGCCAAGGUGCGCGCGGUGGACGCGGACUCGGGCUACAACGCGUGGCUGUCGUACGAGCUGCUGCAGCCGGCGGCGGCGGCGGCGGCGGGCGGCGCGCGCGGCCCGUUCCGCGUGGGGCUGUACACGGGCGAGAUCAGCACGACGCGCGCCCUGGACGAGGCGGACGCGCCGCGCCAGCGCCUGCUGGUGCUGGUGAAGGACCACGGCGAGCCGGCGCUCACGGCCACGGCCACGGUGCUGCUGUCGCUGGUGGAGAGCGGGCUGGCGCCCCGCGCGUCGUCGCGCGCGCCCGAGGGCGCGGCGGGCGCGCCGACGGCGCUGCUGGACGUGAACGUGUACCUGAUCGUCGCCAUCUGCGCCGUGUCCAGCCUGCUGGUGCUGACGCUGCUGCUGUACGUGGCGCUGCGCUGCGCGGCGCCGCCGGGCGAGGGCGCGGGCGCGGGCGCGGCCGGGAAGCCGGCGCUGGUGUGCGCCAGCGCGGUGGGGAGCUGGUCGUGCUCGCAGCAGCGGCGGCAGAGGGUGUGCUCCGGGGAGGGCCCGCCCAAGACCGACCUCAUGGCCUUCAGCCCCAGCCUUCCUCCGAGUUCAGUUCCAGAUAUGGAAGUGGAACAACAAUCCGUUGGAGGAGACCAGUACAGGAAGGUGUGUUAA